CUAAGUUUCCUCCGAGCCAUGAAGCUGUUCCUACUUACACUCUCCGUGGCCCUAGCCGUGGUCGCCGCCUCCCCAGGCUUCAACCGCACCAGCCUUCUGCCCCAGGUGACCAUUUCCGAGGGUGCCGAGGGCCGCAUCGUCAACGGUUACCCAGCGCCCGAGGGAAAGGCUCCCUACAUUGUGGGACUGUUGAUCCGCACCGAUGGAAGCAACAGUGCCGCGGUUGGAGCUGGAACCAUCAUCGCCAGCGACUGGAUUCUGACCGCCGCUCACUGUCUGACCACCGACUACGUGGAGAUCCACUAUGGAUCCAACUGGGGCUGGAACGGAGCUUUCAGGCAAUCUGUCCGCCGUGACAACUUUAUCAGCCAUCCAAACUGGCCCGCUGAGGGCGGUCGUGACAUCGGUCUGAUCCGCACUCCCUCCGUGGGCUUCACCGACUUGAUCAACAAGGUCGCCCUGCCAAGCUUCAGCGAGGAGAGCGACCGCUUCGUGGACACAUGGUGCGUUGCCUGCGGAUGGGGCGGCAUGGACAAUGGCAACCUGGCCGACUGGCUGCAGUGCAUGGACGUCCAGAUCAUCAGCAACAGCGAGUGCGAGCAGUCCUACGGCACCGUGGCCAGCACUGACAUGUGCACGCGCCGCACCGAUGGCAAAUCCUCUUGCGGAGGCGACUCUGGUGGUCCACUCGUUACCCAUGACAACGCUCGGCUAGUGGGAGUGAUUACCUUUGGCUCGGUGGACUGCCACAGCGGUCCUUCCGGCUACACCCGCGUCACCGACUACUUGGGAUGGAUCCGUGACAACACCGGCAUCUCCUACUAAACUCUUAAUAAAUCCUUUGUAUUUUUUUAAUAAAAUCUUUAUAUG